AUGGUUGUUCAUCGAAGAGAUUCAGCCGUGUAUUCUCCUUCAGGGUCUCAUCCUGAAUGCAUUCCCAUGGAAAUACGAGAAACAACCUCUCAGAAGUCAAAAGAAUCCGAUGUGGAAGUUCAGUUUACAGAGACAAAGAACGGUAGAUUCCCUCCACUAUUUUCAGGAUUGGUGCAUGAUGUCAAGGAUAGACUCCCGCAGUAUUUGUCUGACUGGAAGGAUUCAUAUGACUACAGAGUGAUACCGUCUGUUUUAGAGACAUAUUUCAACAAUUUACUACCGGCUCUUGCGUUUGCCCAAGACUUAUUUGACAGAACAGACAAUUCGUAUGGGGUAAACGAGAUUUUACUAUCCAGUGCAUUAGCGGGACUAGUGUUUGGUAUAUUUGGCGGCCAGCCGUUGUGUAUUGUUGGAGUUACUGGUCCGAUUAGUAUUUUCAACUAUACAAUAUAUGAGAUUAUCAAGCCUUUGAAGAUUGCCUAUUUUGGUUUUAUGUUCUGGGUUUACAUAUGGUCGAUGAUCUUACACUUUCUGCUUACUGCAAUCAACUCGGUUUGUCUCUUGGAAUAUGUGACGUCAUUCCCUUGCGAUAUCUUUGGUUUGUUCAUUAAUGUGGUUUAUAUCCAGAAGGGAAUUCAAAUCCUUAUCAGACAGUUCAAUGACAAACAUGGAAACGAAGAUUUAGCCGCUGGUUACGCCUCUAUCAUGUUAGCAUUGCUAAUGACCAUAUUUGGAGUGGCAUUCAAAUUUUUCAGACUCACUCCAUUGCUUAACAGCAGACUCAGAUAUUUCAUAUCAGACUACUCUACAGCUUUGUCUGUCAUAUUCUGGUCAGCAUUCAUCCAUUUUGGUGGGCUUUUGGACUCUGUAACGUUCAGAAGACUUCCAAUUUCCAAGGCAUUUUUGCCUACGUUGCACAAAGGAAGCAGAACUACAUGGUUAGCAUACGAAAGCAUAUCGGUUGGCCAUGUCUUCUUGGCACUACCUUUUGGAUUGAUCCUUACAAUUCUAUUCUACUUUGACCAUAACGUCUCCUCAUUGAUGGCCCAGAGGAAAGCUUAUAAAUUAAAGAAGGCUUCAACAUUCCAUUAUGAUUUCGCCCUCUUAGGCUUAACAACAGGGAUAUCCGGUAUCCUUGGAAUUCCUGCACCAAAUGGGCUUAUUCCUCAGGCUCCAUUACACACGGAGUCUUUGCUUGUCUACGAUAACGAUGGUAAAGUAGUGCGUUGUGCCGAACAAAGGUUCACGAACACCGUUCAAGGACUGAUGAUUUUAUGCACAAUGUGCAGACCCUUUUUAGUUUGCUUGGGUCUCAUACCACAAGCAGUUCUCUCGGGCCUUUUCUUCAUCAUGGGCAUUCAGGGCAUCAUCGGUAACGUCAUCAUCGCUAGGAUCUGGUGGCUUUUUACAGAUCAAGAGAAGAAAAAAGAUAGUAACGCAUUGAAUCAUGUCAGCUUAAGAAGCCUUCUCAAAUUCUUAUCACUCAGUUUGGCAGGAUUUGCAGCAGAAUUCGCUAUAACAAAUACAAAAGGUGCAAUAGGGUUUCCUAUAGUGUUGUUACUAACAGUUCUUCUGUCCCUUUUGUUCCCCAAGAUAUUUCCGUAUGCAGAACUAGCCAUUCUCGAUGGUCCUGUUUGCGAAGAUUUCACCCUCAAAAACAUCCUUCCAAGAAACCUCAUGAAAUAUUAG